GAUCCAUUUCCGGGAAAUCAUUAUAGCCUUCCUACAAGAAAGAAAAUGGAAUCCUGAGCUCGUACUCUGCUAAACCAGUCAUUUUUCUCAACAUAUUCUUUGAAUAGGAAUCGUAUUGUCCACCAAUAUUGCUACCAACAUCAGUAACAAGUAACUGGAUCUUGGCCAAAGUUGCAGAGUAUCCCGUUCAUUUUUCUACCCUUCAGAGUCGAUGGAAGGGUCUGACAGCGUAGAGCAAGGCGGCGGCGGCGGCGGCGACCAGCCAGAGUCGCAGCGCCGAACGCAGUUGGAUCGGCUGGACAGAGAAGAGGCUUUUUAUCAGUUCGUCAACAAUCUCAGUGAGGAGGACUAUCGUCUCAUGAGGGACAACAAUCUCUUGGGCAAUCCAGGAGAGGUAACUGAGGACGAGCUGUUCAGUAGACUUCAACAAAUCAAAGACGGUCCAGAGCAGCAGAAUAACAACCCUAGCACUGAAAGUACUGAAGAACCGGCUGAAACUCCAGAGAGCACCGAGGAUCCCCAAGGUGGGGACAGCCUGCUGGACUGGCUAAACACCGUGAGACGGACCGGCAACACGACGAGGACGGGACAUCGUGGAAACCAGUCGUGGCGGGCUGUGAGCCAGACAAACCCGAACAGCGGCGACUUUCGCUUCAGCCUGGAGAUCAGCGUGAACCGCAACCUGGCCGAACAGCAGGCGGCCGCUGAGGGAGAGCAGGGGCCUCCGGAGCAGGCCCCAGUGAGCCAAGAGGAAGGCGUCGCCGAUCCUGAGCCGCAGGUUCCUAUGGAGACGGAGGUGGUGGAGGAGCCUGUUGUGGAAGAAUUAGCCGUCAUUGUAGAACCGGAACCUGAAGAAACGGUCGAAGAAGAGGUCGCGUCCCAAGAAGCUGUAGAGGAGCCUCCCAGUCCGGCGCCAGCACCGCCUCCGCCUCCAGUCGCAGCUCCGCCCUCACCGGAGCCACCCCCGCCUUGUUCUUCUCCACGGAGGGGACAGCGGAGACCCCGCAGCCGCAGCCCAGAACCACGCAGGACGAGAGCCCGUUUAGCCCGGAGCCGCUCACCUCUUCGUUUGGAUCAGCUAGACGGUCUACCCAGCCAGCGAAUCCCCUACGGCUCUCAGAGCCCCAGUUCUUCCACUGACACGCCCCCCGUGCCUCAAGUGGAGGGCAGCUCUCGGACUCGACAGCACAUUCUCUCCAGGCAGAUCCCAGCAGACGACGGCGCUCAGCCCCCCAGCGCCGAGGCAGAGUCGGCCCCCGAGGCCCAGAACGUCAGACCUCAGGAGGGGGAGUCUAACGGGAGCGAAGGAGGCUCAGCGGAGCGCCGUCCCCCCACCAUAAUGCUCGACCUGCAGGUGCGUCGCGUGCGUCCGGGCGAAUACCGGCAAAGGGACAGCAUCGCCAGCCGCACCCGGUCACGCUCGCAGAACUCCAACAACACGUUUCUCUAUGAGAGCGAUCGGGGCGGGUUUCGCAGGACCUUCUCGCGCUCCGAGCGCGCCGGGGUGCGGACCUACGUCAGCACCAUCCGAAUCCCCAUCCGCAGGAUCUCCGAUGCCGGGUUAGGAGAGGCGACGUCGAUGGCGCUCCAGUCUAUGAUCAGGCAGAUCAUGACGGGCUUCGGCGAGCUAGGCUACCUCAUGGACUCCGACUCGGAUUCUUCAGAUUCAAACCGCGGCACCGGGACGCCCGCCGACACGGAAACCCUCACCAACCCAGAAGCUAGCAAUGCAGACGCCGCCGCCGCCGAGGAGCAACCUGCGUCCGCCGCCACCGCCGCCGGGGCCAGAGAAAGGACUGUUGAGACAGACGUGGACGGGGGCCUCACCGCUGGCCCGCAGGCCCCCGGGGGCAGGGCGCUACUGGGACCCCCCAUCAGCCUGGAGGAGCCCAGCUCCCUACCCUUCCUCCGACUCGCUCACUUCUUUCUCCUGAACGACGACGACGACGACCAGCCGCAGGGGCUGACCAAAGAACAGAUCGACAACCUCUCCAUGCGCAACUUUGGCGAGAGCGACGCCCUGAAGACCUGCAGCGUCUGCAUAACGGAGUACGCCGAGGGGAACAAGCUCCGCAAGCUGCCCUGCUCCCACGAGUACCACGUGCACUGCAUAGACCGCUGGCUCUCCGAGAACUCCACCUGCCCCAUCUGUCGCAGGGCCGUGCUCGUGUCGGCCAACCGAGAGAGCGUGAUCUAACUCUGAACAAACUCCGACCUUUUUUUUUUUUUUCUCGACAUCUCGAACUAAUCACACAUCCAAGUCAUGCAAGACGCUUUGAAGAAAUGCCUCCACUGUUGAAAUUUACCGUUUUCUCAUCACUCGUGAGUUUGAUCACUAUGUUGCAGGUUUCAUUUGAUGAGCUCGGUGGGGGGGGGGGGUGUCUCUUGACAUGCAAUCAGACUCUUAAUUUGAAAUCUGCCAUCGCUGUCCCGAGCCGAGCUAAGGCGGUGCAUGCUGUUGAUCGACCCGUAGUGUCCGCGCGGCGUGGCGCACCUCGCCCACGUACACAAGCAGACCUAUAAUCUCAUAUUCAACCCUUUGAUUGUAAAAAUGCUGCUGUACACCUGCAGGUAGUUUAAACACUUCAGACGUCUUCUUUUUUGGUAUGAAUCCUAAUUAGCACCUCAAGCACAAUUCUUAGUUGCAGCGGUUUAAAAGUAUUAGCUGUAAAUAGGCUUCUAAGAGAUAAGUUUGACUCUUUGUAUCGUUGAAUUUGUUUUAGGACUAAAUUAUCUCGCUGGAGGAUCUGAAGUCAUUUCGGUUGCAGCAGCUUCAAGCAGGCCUCGGUGUAACUUGUGCUCCUUUUUUUUUUUACAGGACCUAAACAAAGCUCUCCUCUGGAGUUCCAUUUGCCAACACCUUGUAAUGAAUAAAAAAAAAAAAACAGUGUUGCUCUGGGUUUAAGGAAGACAACGUUUGGGAUCCUGCCAUGUUUGUUUCUUAAGGUUUUUUUUUAAUGUAUUUUUUAAUUUUUUUGAAGCAGAAGAAGUAUCAGACAUGGAGAUCUGCCAGUAUUGGCCUCAGGUGAAUUUUGCCCCUUUCGCAGAUGUGCACCCCCAACGUUUCCUACCCGUGGCGUCCCGUUCUGCUUUCGGUUUCCAUCCGUCAGCACGUCGUUUCCCAACAUUGUACUUAAAACAUUGCAUAUCCGUUCAUUGUUAUUUGUAAGUCACAUAAAUGAUGGCGAUUAAUGAAAUUGAAAACAUGAAAUGUUCUUAUGUUUAGAGAAGCUGUUUAUUGCACCCUGUAUUCGGGCUGUGAGCCCAGUUUGGCCAAUUGAUCCUAAUGAUGACCCUUGAUCAGAACCACCUUGCUGGUAGAUAUCAGACUCCGUAUAAAAAGACAUUUUCUUUCUGUAAACCAAGUAGAUUAUGAAAAAAAAUUACGUUUAACCACAAAUUGGAGGCAAACCUACAAGGCGUAAACUCGCCGUACGUCUCGUUGCAGAUGCAAGGGGGCAAAAUGAACAGGAUACGUCACCGGCGUCAGCAGAUUUCAUUUAGUAGACCAGUUCUAAUUUGAUCUUAAAAACUAAAUAUAAAGUCCACCCCCCCCUUCCGCUAUUCAAACAUUUUGUGGUGUACAGUGGUUCAACAAUCAUUUCCUAACGCCAACAGCUGCUGUCUGCUAUAGCUAGCUCAUCGUACUUCUCUGGUCCUGGGUUCGCAGUGUCAGCAGAAAACCGGCUUUACAUGGGGAUGGGUUUUUUAAAAGUCAGAAUUUCUCUCUGAAACAUAGGUCCACCGUAUUCUACAAGUUGCUGAAUAAUAUUUAUUGAACGACGGCUCGCGCUCUCUGACAUUGGCAGGAAAUGAAAGUUUCAAUAGAAAAUCAUGGGGUUACCCAUCUGCUUUAUGAGCAAAUCCUCCCAAGUGGUGUGCAAUAUUUGCAAAAUGUACAAGUAUAGUAAAACAGACCAUGAUCUAAAUGUGUACUAUUGUUAAAAAAACCAGUUUAAAUCCUAAAUGAAGACUUAUAACCCUUUACAGUAUGUGUUGAAGUUGAUUUUUGAUUAGAAGCUAUGUAGGUUUUUAAUAAUUGUUGAUAAACAGGAGCAUCAGUAAAGGAGCUAAAAGGGCAUCACUAUUAUUGCCAUCUUGUUUCACUGUUUGAUGUCUUAGCCACGAUUAUUACCUCCCCUUUGCGGGACACAAAUAUUUGAAUGCAAGAUGUUGAAUAGCAUAAACCUGUAAAGAAUAAAAAAAAGAAAAAAAAAAUGAACUGUUGUUUCCUCCGAGGGCCGAGCUUAGGUUUGGCCUUGUUCUGUGACCUACCCAGUGCAGGAUGUUAACUGGGUGUUUUAAUGAAACUAACCGCUGAAUUAAAGUUAUGCUAGAAAAUAAUACAUCAGAGGUAUGAGUUCUGUGCUCUGCUUGUGGUGUUUGGUUUAUGAUCAUGCAUGUUUGUGCUCACGUCUUUUGGUUUUUAAACGCUUUAUCUUGACCUUUGCGACGAUUCCGGCUCAUUUCCGCGACGUUGAUGUUGGCUUUUCGACAGUCGCGCCACAGGGAUGCAGCCGCGGUCCAUGAGACGGAUGAUAUACAAGGUUUCUGUCAGACAUUUUUAAGGCAUUUUAUGAUUUAGAUUUGUGACCCAGAUGAGUUGUGGAAGUAAAUAACUUACCUAGCAGAGCUCACACUCAGGUUAGUAAAGCAAGGAAUUUGCUUUUAAGCAUCUUCCUGGUCUGGGUAGGUGUGGAAAAAUUUUCAGUUUAUUUCUCAUUCCGUUGCAUGAAAGAUUAAUCUACCUUUCUAGGGAUUUAAAUGCACAUGACAUUAAUUUUUAUAUUUAUUUUACAACCUUUUGUCUUUGAAUUGCCACACAGCAAUUACUUUUUUUUUUUUUUUGACAAACCUGGUAGAGUUCCUGAAGGAAAGAACAGAUACAUUGUUCUCCCUCUUUGGUAUCUAGACCUGUUCAGACCAGAUUUGUGGACUGGUCUGUGGGGUUUGAAAACUUGGCCUGUUGUACGUAUCAAUGCACUGAAGCUCCUUUUUCUUUUCUUU